AUGGCUCCACGACAAGCGUUAGGCAAGCGGAAGGAACCGCAGGCGGCUGCUGCUCCUGUCGAGGAGGAAUUCGGCAAUGCAACGUUGGAGGGCAUCCUGUCUCAGAGCGAGGAUGAUUCCGACUACGCCGAGUCUUCUGGCGACGAGGCAGAGCUGAACGGCGACUUGUCUGAGGAUGAGGACGAGGACGAGGAGGACAUCCUGAGCGACGACAUUCCAUCCGAUGGCGAGGACCAAGACGUCUCUGCGAAACUCAAAGCAACAAAGCUGUCCGCUGCCAAUGGCGACGACGACGACGAGCCCAACUACAGGGUCGUUACCGACGCCAAUGGCAACGAGCGCUACGAGUACGACGAGAUCGAUCCCGUCUACGACUCCGAUGACUCCGACGCCCAGGAGGCUGCCAACACCAUUGGCAACAUUCCUCUGUCCUUCUACGACUCUUACCCUCACAUCGGUUACGACAUCAAUGGCAAGAAGAUUAUGCGCCCGGCCACCGGCGAGGCAUUGGACGCUCUUCUGGAGACCAUCGAGAUCCCCAAGGGAUGGACCGGCUUGACGGACCCCGCGACCGGCAAGCCUCUCAACCUGAGCCAGGACGAGCUUGAGCUUUUGCGCCGCGUCCAGAUGAACGAGGUUCCGGAGGAGGGCUACGACCCGUACCCCGAAAUGGUUCACUGGUUUACUGCCCACGAGGAGAAGAUGCCCCUGAGCGCCGCCCCCGAACCGAAACGCCGCUUCGUCCCCUCCAAGCACGAGGCCAAGAGGAUCGCCAAGCUCGUCAGGGCCAUCAAGGAGGGCCGCAUCCUGCCGUACAAGCCGCCUGAAGAGAGGGAGAAGGAGGAGGCCGAGAAGGAAGAGACCUACUACGACAUCUGGGCGAACGAGGAGGAGCGCCCGCCGCACAUUAUGAACAUCCCCGCACCCAAGCUCCCGCCGCCCGGCUACGACCUCAGCUACAACCCGCCCCCUGAGUACCUCCCGACCGAGGCCGAGAAGGAGGAGUGGGAGAAGGCGGACGCCGAAGACAGGGAAAAGGAAUACCUCCCCGCCAAGUUCGAUUCGCUGCGCAAGGUCCCCGCCUACGGCGAGUUUGUCAAGGAGCGCUUCGAGCGCUGUCUCGAUCUCUACCUGGCGCCCCGCGUGCGCAAGAACAGGCUCAACAUCGAUCCUGCGUCGCUCCUUCCCAAGCUUCCCCGCCCCGAGGAACUCAGACCCUUCCCCACGUCCAGUCAGACCGUCUUCCGCGGUCACGAGGGCCGUGUACGGUCGGCCGCCAUCAGCCCUGACGGAGAAUGGCUUGCCAGUGGUGGUGAUGACGGUACCAUCCGUCUGUGGCACCUUCGCACUGGUCGUCAGGAGUGGUCCGCCAAGAUCAGCCUGGACGAAGCCGUCAACGUCGUCCGCUGGCGCCCGACCAAGGACACCUUCAUCCUGGCGGCGGCCGCCGGGGAGGAGAUCUUCUUCGCCGUGCCCCCUCGCGGAGCCGACGGCGUCGACAAGGCCAGCCGCGACAUCCUCGAUGCCGGCUUCGGUUACGCGACGCAAAACCCCCAACCUACGGCCACCGUCACCAAGGAGCAGCCCGGCAAGUGGGCCCGUCCUGGUUCCAAACUCGAGGCCCUCGGCGUCCUGCUCAAGGCCACCGUCAGAUCAACCGUCAAGGUCAUCAACUGGCACCGACGUGGCGACUUCCUCUGCACCGUCUCCCCCACAGGACAGCGCAGCGCCGUCGCCAUCCACACCCUCUCCAAGCAUCUGACUCAGAUCCCCUUCAGGAAGCUCCCCGGACUGGCCCAGACGGCCCAGUUCCACCCCUCGCGCCCCCUCUUCUUCGUCGCGACCCAGCGCAUGAUCCGCUGCUACGACCUGCAGCGCCAGGAGCUCAUCAAGGUCAUCCAGCCCGGCGCCCGCUGGAUCUCCUCCUUCGAUGUCCACUCGGGCGGCGACAACAUCGUCGUCGGCUCCUACGACCGCCGCCUCCUCUGGCACGACCUCGAUCUCUCCACCCGCCCCUUCAAGACGAUGCGCUUCCACGCCGAGGCCAUCCGCGCCGUCAAGUUCCACCGCGGCCUGCCCCUCUUCGCCGACGCCUCCGACGACGGAACCCUGCAGAUCUUCCACGGCAAGGUCGUCAGCGACCUCAUGGAGAACCCCACCAUCGUGCCCGUCAAGAUGCUCAAGGGCCACAAGGUCGUCAACAAGCUCGGCGUCCUCGACGUCGACUGGCACCCCUCGGAGCCGUGGUGUGUCAGCGCCGGCGCCGACGGUACCUGUAUCCUCUGGACGUAA